AUGGAGCUCGGCAUCCUCCAGAGCCAUACCCCAUGUCCGCUUGAUACCCGACCUUCUCCUAAUUAUCCAGGGGAGAGGCACGGAAAGGUGUGCCCCGUUUCGGCCCCGAAUGACGCGGCUGCUAGCAGCACCGGCGCCGAAGCAAACGAAAAUGUCAUGUUCGGCGGCAAGGCCAAGAAGUCCUUCGUGUUCUUCGCCAUCAUUGCCUCGCUGUCUCUCACCGGCCUCCUCUCGGCCAUUGAGGGCAUCAUCACCCGCAGCGCCCUGCCGACCAUCACCAACGACCUGGGCGGCGGCAACCUGUAG